CAGGUAUCGUCCUUCUCAUCUUCAGCUCCUGUCCAGAGCGUUCUAAGACUCUUCGUGUAUUUCUAACUUCUCUGAGGACAAAGUGCUUUCAGAAUGAAUAAGGUUUUAGUUGCUGUGCUGGCUGUGGCGCUGCUCUUUGUCGCAGCUGAGGGGCUGAACUGUUACUCCUGUUCAGUGGGGAUUUUCGGGAGGUGUUUCGCAAGCAGCUCACAAACCUGCAGCAACACCCAAAACAGCUGCUUUACGGGACAAGCAGCGUUCAACUUGACUGGUGCUCUGAAUUUCUACACCAGCGGCUGCAUCAACUCCACUAACUGCGUCACCACCACGGGGACUGUUCUGGGUGUCGGUUACACCGUCACCCAAACUUGCUGCAGCACGGACCUCUGCAAUGGAGCCAGCAGCGUUCGGCUGCCACUCACUGCAGCUGUUGGCGCCGCCCUGCUGGCCACCACUUGGAGCUUCAUGUAGAAAAACUCCAGCUUACAUAAUUUUCUAUUAUCCAAGCUGUUUCCAGUCAAAAUUGUGGGGAAUGUUCUAUACUCUCUAAUUUGAGACAUUUAAGUAUCAUGAAGGCUCUGAGAAGUAAAGUAAACAUGGGAAUGUGCAUAGCAUUCGGUCCAUAGGACUGGGGCUGGGAACCAAUCAUUUAACUGACUUAUUAGGGAAGAAAAAAGGCAAAGUCAAACCUGAUAAGCUUCUCUUUUCUGGAUGCUUGAAUAUGAUAGGAACAAAAUGUUACUGUAUUGACUAUACUUUUUUAGUUGCUUUGUCUGUCUCUGAGGCAAUGUGAUGCAUGUGAUACAACAGAAAAUACUACCAGUCAUCAUGCUGAAAUCGACCCUCUUGUAGGAGAAAACUGUUUUUGAAUGAAGUUUUUUUUUUUAAAUGAAGUAUUUCUUAAAUAAAGAGAACUAAUUUUUACUGAGA